CUCUCCCUCCUCCUCCUCCUCUCUCAGUCAGUCUUCCUGCAGCUCUCGUCCCGUCAGGUCGUCGUCCUCGCUCCGUCUCGACUCUUCUCACCUGUGCCCGGUCCUGGUCGGAUGGACUCUUCCCACCGGGACGUCUCUGUGUGAAAGGCUUGUGAAUCACGACGCGCCGACACGUCCCUCCCCGGACCCGGACCCGGACCCUCGGGAUGGACUUGUCCUUCUUCUGGCUCUUCUCCGCCGGACUGACGCUGUUCCUCCAGUUUGAAGCCUCCGCCGUCUCGGCUGCGAGCCCCACCACGGAGGAGGGCCCCCUGACGCAGCUCUCCCAUGGGGCCCACCGGCGAGAGAAACGCUGCUCCUGCGAGAACCAGAAAGACAAGGAGUGCAUUUUUUUCUGCCACAUCGGCAUCGUCUGGGUCAACACCCCGAGCCGCGUCGUUCCAUACGGAUUCGGACCAGUGCGACUACGGAGGGAGUUGAACCGCUGCCUCUGCUCGCACACACGGGACGACGAGUGUGUGAGCUUCUGCUCUGUCGGGACAGGGGGGACACACGUGGUGAAGACUGACGAGCGACUGAAGAGACGCAGAGCUGCAUUCUGGGAAAAAAGGAGCCGACACCCACUUGAACACCAGACCUGAGGGAGGACGCUCAACAGGAAUCUGUCCUGUGUCAGAAAUGACCAGCGCGGAGCCUGUGGCUCAUCAUCUGGGACAUGUACAGUACAAUGUGUUUAUGUAAAUGUAUUGACGGGGAAGUGAUCGAUGGGACAAACACGUUUUCUUCACCUUUGGCUCACAUCUUUCAGUGAACCUUGACCUUUCAGGGAGUUUGACCUGUGACCGCAUGAUCUCAGCUGAGGGACGAGAAACGUUCCACCCUUUGGUAGAAAGGUCUGGAAAGAAACAACUGGAAACAAAGAUGGACGACACGUCUCUUCUUCCUCUCGUAUAAACACAAAACUAAAAUAUCUCAGAUUCAGGCGCCGCCAUCUUGUGCCUGUGACGUCAUGUGGAGUCAGAGUCUGUGGAGUAGUGAUGGUGGAGUGGAGCCAUGGUAUCGAGGCCCCGCCCACACACACGCUCUCGACCAAUCACGAGUCAGUGUCAGCUGUCAAUCAUGACGUCUCAGCCCUGUUUUUAUAUCAUCAAAUAACUGAUGAGAAGCAAAGUGAUCAGAAACAUGAACACGUGAACAAACAUCAGUGAUAAGAACGGCUAUGACCUGUACUGCAGCCAGACACCAGGGGGCGAUCAGGAGGAUUUGACUCCACUUCAGAGGAGCCGUCACGUCGUCUAUCUUUAUUUUCAGUCCAACUUUCGUCCUUUUAAAGUGUAAAUUCCAGUUUGUUCUCACACAGCUGCGAAACCUCACGUCUCCCAACUCGGCGCCAGGUGAAGCAGCAGAAGAAACUUGAUUGUUCUUAAUUCUCACGGUGAUGGACAGUCAUGUCAUGUGAUGCUCGGCCACGGAGCACUGCAGACAUCACGUGACUCCCACGAACAAAUAUAUCAUAAUAUAAUUUCUUACAAUGUGAUGACAAAUGUUCAUUAUACGGUUUUGUGUAAUAAAGUUAUAAUUUUACAAGAACACGUGAUAGUAUUUGAUGACAACAUGAGAAUGAACUCACGAGACGGGACUGUGUUGUAUGUUGUCGCGGAUGUUACCGUCGCUCAAUUACUCUACAUCUAAACAAUAUUAAUGUCAUCUUUUAAAAUGACAACCUAAGGACUUUCGGCGUGUUGGAUUUAGUGACAUCUAGUGAUGGAACCUGAUGCUCACCGCUCCCGUUCCGGCGCCUGGAGGAGGAUCUACGGUGGCCUGCAGGCGACAGACACGACAGUCCCUCUGUACAGUCGGUAGUUUGUCCGCUCCCGUAGAAACAUGGCCGAGCAAAAUGUCGGACUCAGCGGAAGACGAUUAGAUGAUAAAGUUAUUAAACACCGAAGAAAAAAUUCAUGAACUAAAACCUCCUGAAUCCUUCACACUGGACCUUUCACACAUUUUAUUUUUGCUGUUAAAUUAUGACUUAAUAUCGAAAUAUUACUUGGUAAUUUUAUUUUGAAUGAUUACAAUUUUCAUAUAAAAUUGCAACAUAGUUAAACUAUUAAACACAUUUCUUGAAAUAUUACAAUUAUCUAGAAAACAGCAGCUUCAUUGUGAAAUGUGACUUUCUUGAAUAUUUCAUUAUUAAAACGUUUCUUUUUUUCAACAUA